UCUCUCAAUAAUCAAUCUCUCCAAUAAUUAAAUUCCUGCUCUCUGACAAGCAAUCUCUACAACCUUCUCUUUCUGUCAACAACCACUGCGUCCCCCCCCCUCCCUCUCUCUCUCUGUAACCACUUCCACUCUCUACAUAAAUUGCUCCCCCUCUCUCUCUGCUGUCAUCAUCCCCACCCUUUCCAAUUUCUAGUAAGCAGCCUCUCUUUCUCUCUCCAGAAAGCUCCCAUUCUCAGAGAAACAAAACAGAGAAGCACAAUAAACAAACCCUCCCCCCCAACCAAAAAAACCAAAUUCAAAUAAGGAGAACCAAAAAAACCCAGAAAAUCCAAAACAGAAAUUAACUGCGCGCCCCUCUUCGUCAUCAGAUGCUGGUGCAUAAAUCCUCCACAUCACGAAGCCCUAUCCAUUCCAUUCAAAACUCUGACUCCCCCUCUCCUCUUACGCAACAAGAAACUACUCUCUCUCUAGAAAUUUGGGCCUUUCUCUCUCUAGAAAUUUGGGCCUUUCUCUCUCUCUAGAAAUUUGGGCCUUUACGCGUCUCUCUCUUUCUCUCUCUCUCACAUUAAGAUUUUAUAGACCACCUCUCCUAUCUUUAGAAAUCAGUGUUUCAGAGAUCACGCAUUUUGGCGAAGAUGAGGAGGGCAUUGACACAAGAAGAACAAUCUAGGGUUUUCUAUGAGCUUUGCGCUCUGGUUCUUAACCUUUUGAGGAUGCCUCCUGUUCCAUUGGAGUGCUCGUCUUCGAGCACUGGAAGGGCUCAAGUGGGCUCGAGAGGGGUUCGGGUGGGUUCGGGUCAAAGGGUUAGGGUUACAGCAGCUGGUGUGGCCUCUCUCUCCCUAGGAAUCUCUUUUGCUUUGAUGCUUUGUGGGUCAUUGACCUUUGUGAUUGGGGUUCUUUUGAUUCCAUGGGUUCUUGGCCUGGUUAUGCUCUUCUAUUUUGUGGGGAUUGUUUCGAGUUUGUCGGGAUUGGGGAGGGCGAUUCUUCGUUCGGGGUCAAGCCAUCAUGGAUCGAGCAAGGAGGUGCCUGGAUAGCUCUAAAGAUUGCUGGUUGCCUUCAUGGGAUGCCUUCUCAGGGAGUUUUAGAGGUGUUGUUUUCCUUUGUUCUUUUUCCUUUUUCCUUUACAGGGAUGAGAUCUGUUACAGUUCAAAUGAAGAUUCAGCCUAAAUGGGAAAGAUGGAACAUGUAUCUGUGAAUAUAGUAAUUUGUUGACUUAUCAGAGAAGAAAGGAAGUUUUUGUUGGUAGGAAACAAACAUUUUUCAUUAGUAUCAGCUCAGAAGCUCCACAGCCUCCCAUUGAGUGGUGGUUUCUUAUUACACUAAUAUGUAAGCCAUCAACUUUUUACAAUGAAUUCACCUUUUCUCUCUCUCUCUCGAUCUCGAUCUUGAGCUGCUUAUGAUGCUAAGAAUUGGAACCAUUUAUUCAUCUACAGCUUUGGAAGUGGAAGUUACGCAGCGUCUUUUAGCUUACUUUUGCUUCGCUUGAUGAAGCUUGUAAAUUUUUUAGGACUAUGGGAUUCUUGCUUUUGAGGAAAUCACGUAGCUGUGAAUUAAGUCAUUUUAUAGUAGUUUUAUCUGUGAAUAAAGAUAGCCUUGUAUGUACUCUAACCAUAUGCGUACUAUAUGAGUGUUUAUGUACGCUAAAUGAAUGAUAAUAUUUUGUCAGCAUCU